AUGGAUCCCGUUCCCCAACCUUGGUUCAGAGGAUCGACAGACUCGCAACCAUUCAGCUUGUUCACCGUAUUGACUUCCAAUGGCGGCCCGUUUAACUCCAUCGCAUGCUUCCCUUGGACCGCCAAGUCUCUGGAAAUUUUAUGGAACGGCAGUGCACUACAAGAAACCUUGGUGCCGCAGUGGCAGGACGUUGUCACAGAGUGGAUGGGAGCUAUCGCCGCCGGCGGAAAAGGCCGCUUGUGUAUAUUUCCUAAGUUGGGGACGAAGAAACCAAUUGUUGUGAAGCUGAAGGAGGCCGAUGCAGAGGUUGAGAACGUCGCUUGGGCUAUCAAUAGCAAUGAGCCACUGAAGCCGCUCAUCGUCUUCACAGUCACAAGUGUCAUACUGAUAUACGAUGUAAAGAGGCGCGAGAUUGUUGGGAAACUGCGUGGACACGGCGGGCCCAUCACUUGUUUGGCGGUGCAUCCCACGUCUCCAGAGCUGUUCUGCACAACAUCGAAGGAUUUUACCGCCCGCAUUUACGACCUCACCCUGUCACCCGUGCAGGUGCCGAACAAUCCAAACUGGCUCCCCCACACGAAAGGGGUGGGCAGCCUUGCGGGGCCUGCUCAUGGCUUGCACAUGUGCGAGCCAGAAGGCGAAGGUAUUGGUCGAGCGGUCGCUGUGAUGGUCGGUGGACGCUCAGGAGGACAUCGCGGGGCUGUGUUGUGUUGCGCCUUUCAUCCGUCCCAACCUCUCAUCGCGACCGGAGGCAUAGACCGCACAGUCAAGAUAUGGCGCAUCCCCCCUUCGGUAUUUACGGUGCAGCCAUCAGCCACGCUUGCCAGGGAAGAUAAGCCGUUGUUCAGUACCGAUCUCAUCCACAAAGCUCGAGUGCUUUUCCUGAGCUGGCUAGACGACGACAUACUGAUCUCUUGCAGCGCACCUGCUCUCAUGCGACGGAACCCAAUGGAGGUUGACAAGACAUAUUGGGAGGAUGGUACUGCGAUGACAUGGCAGUGGCUUGGGUUCAACCGAUUUUUUCCGGCCGGUAAGAUUCCACAGAAGGUUAUGAGGGGUACAGCUAGUGAUUGGCGCAAUAGCGAAUCCUUCAAGAUUCUGUCCGGAUAUCACAUUCCUUCAGUAGCCAAACACUUCCAAGUCUAUCGCUCCUUCUCGCACGAUCCUCUACUACUCAUCCCGAUGGGAAAGAUUGUACGCAUCUUCAACAUCUCGCAAUUCUCUCCCCGUCAGCCACCGAAGUUCCCUCUGGACACCAAUAUCGCAUCAUUGACGAGCAAGCUUAGCCUGGACGAUGACGGGAGUGACCCGGGCACACCGCGACCUAGGAGCCCUCGCGGGGGUGGGAGCAGCACCGAACAGGACGACGACGAAAACGAAUCUGCCAGCAGGGACAACCCGUCACAGCAAGAGGGGGACCAGGACGAGGAGGAAGAUGGCGAAGACGAUCCCAUUCCCACGACGACAUACCCUCCCCCUGCUCCGCUCACCGCGUUGUUUGACAGCGUCGAAGGCUACGACGUCGUCGCUGAGCUUCCGCCAGGCAAUGGUCCCCCGGAGAUGGCAGACGUCACGACAUGUGCCAUGGGAUUUGAGGGCCUGGGCAUCGCAGGUAUCGGAGAGAGGGGUACUCUAUAUGUCUGGCGGCUGAGAAGAUGAUCGGCAGACACGAUGGCGUGGAGCAUAUCGAGCGUACUGCGCUUAUAUUGGGCGUUGGUGAGAGCGUGACUACUGUAGCGAUAUUCUCACUAGGCGAGAAGGCAUGUUGCCUUGAGGUCGUGAAGUGUCGGAAUGUCAGCGUCAAUAGAUCUAGA